UAAAGCAUCUUCCUUAAUGAAGACCUAAAAUUCGAAUGCAACUUUUUUCUACGUUAGACUGAAAAAUGAGGCCCAUUGUCUUUACUCUCUUUCUUCUCUGUUUGACUUUGAGAAAAGAUUCAUAAUUAAUUUUAUAUGUUCCAUUUGCACUCAUAAUGUGUUUUUUUUUUUUUUUUUGCCAUGCAGGAGACUCAGAUGCGGAAUUGAAGUGGAUGCUAAAGGGGAUGACUAUUUUGUGAGAAGGCAAGGAAGCGUUGAAUCCAUAAACCCUGUGCUGCCUCCCUUCCUUGUUUGUUGAGUUUGUUUAAAAGCAACCAAUUGCAAACACAGCGUGGACCACCAUAUCCUUCGCUUGUGAGGGCCAGCGCAGACAAUGUGGUCUCAGCAGGGGCCGAAAUGCUUUGUAAGCCCAAGGACUGCAGUUCUCCUUGGGCUUCUGACUGUCUGCAUCUCCCCUCACCUUUCUGAAGGAACCUCAGAGCCAUUUAGGUCCUUCUCACCUUCUGAAUGGGGUCUAACGCAUUUAGCCAUCCAUAACAAGACAGGGGAUGUGUAUGUUGGUGCGGUAAACUGGAUCUACAAGCUUUCUAGUGACUUGACCAAGUUGAGGAGUCAUAUGACGGGUCCCGUAGUGGACAACAAGAAAUGCUAUCCACCUCCAAGUGUACAGUUAUGCCCCCAUGACCUUUCCCCAAAUAGUAAUGUGAACAAGCUGCUACUAAUAGACUAUUCCCAAAACCGACUCAUUGCUUGUGGAAGCACCUUGCAAGGCAUCUGUCAGUUUCUGCGCCUGGAUGAUCUUUUCAAGCUUGGUGAGCCACACCAACGUAAGGAACACUACCUCUCCAGCGUCAUUGAGUCGGGAACCAUGUCUGGGGUCAUCAUCUCUGAGGGUCAAAUCAGCAAGCUUUUCAUUGGAACUCCAAUCGAUGGUAAAUCAGAAUUCUUCCCAACUCUUUCGAGUCGUAAGUUGAUGGCCAAUGAGGAGGGUGCUGACAUGUUCAGCUUUGUCUACCAGGAUGAGUUCGUCUCCUCCCAGCUGAAGAUCCCCUCGGAUACGCUGUCCAAAUUCCCGACGUUCGACAUCUACUACAUAUACAGCUUUAGCAGUGAACAGUUUGUCUACUUCUUGACCUUGCAGCUGGAUACCCAACUUACUUCUCCUGAUGCCAGUGGGGAACAGUUUUUCACCUCGAAGAUCGUACGACUUUGUAUCGACGAUCCCAAGUUCUACUCCUACGUGGAGUUCCCAAUCGGAUGCACCAAAGACGGUGUAGAGUAUCGACUGAUCCAGGAUGCCUACUUGGCCAAACCCGGAAAGCAACUUGCAAACUCUUUAGGAGUGUCCGAGCAAGAGGACAUAUUGUUUACAGUCUUCUCUCAAGGCCAGAAGAACUGGGCCAAACCCCCAAAAGAGUCGGCACUCUGCCUGUUCACGCUGACGAGAAUAAAAGAGAAGAUCACGGAAAGAAUUCAGUCGUGCUAUAGAGGAGAAGGCAGGCUGUCUUUGCCCUGGCUGCUCAACAAGGAGCUACAAUGCAUCAACCUGCCACAAAGGAAGCAGGAGAAGUGCAGGAGUCCUUACAUGCUGAACCCCAGUCAAGAAGAGUUCCCGAGGUCCAGGAAAAUUGAGGGUUGUGAAGCCGCAACCAAGGGUGACCAAGGAUAA